CCCUUCACAGCGAGUGUACAGCAAUGUACGACCGGCCUCCGUCCAAAGAGGAACUUCUUCACAGUUAUGGAGACUCCUUUGAGCAACAGAAGUUUGGAUUUUAAUCAGUGCAGUGAAUUCUUUGUUGUUUGAUUAUAUGUUUGCUAAAAUCAUAAAACGGGACGGCAGGAGUGAAUAAGAUGCCACUUUAAUAAGGAGUGAGGUCUUUUAGUUGUGUGCGGAUGUAAGGAUGGUCUCUGGGCUUUGAGAAUGGCUUUGUUUCAGUCUGACUGUGUGUGAAUGGAGCUGAGAGAGUGGAGACCCUGAUGUCGGAGCUGCCGCUGCUGGCCUGUGUGCUCCUGUCCUGGAUCAUCACCUGCCAGUCUGGACCGUGGAGACCAUGCACAGAUCUGUUACCAUUGGACCUCUUGUCCCGGGUGCUUCCUGUGGCCAGCAGGGUGCAGGAUGGCAUACGUAUGGUCCAGUCCAGAGGUGCUAGAGGAUUCCAGUUUUCUGGAUCUCCACAGCUGUUCAGCUUCCCUUCCUCUCAGCUUUUCAUUAACUGUCAUAUCUUUCCCUCCGAAUUCUCCAUCAUCGUCACACUCAAAAUCCCACAAGUGGCUCCUGAGAAAAGUGAAUACAUAUUUACAGUGUUGGAGGCAGAUUCAGAUGAGCUGCUUCUUGGCCUGCGUCUUUCCCAAAAUAAACUCCACUUCCUGCACAAGGGCCAUGGGGGCAGGAAACGCAUUACUUUUAAGGCAGUAGGGCUGGAUGAUAACCGCUGGCACACUUUGGUUUUGGCGGUGACAGGAUGCUACACAAUUCUCACCAUAGAUUGUGGCACACCUCUUGAGCUGGUGCUUGAAAGACCCUUCCCCGAAGAUCUUGAUACAACUGGCUCCACAUUCUUCAUUGCCAGCAGAAGGAGAUGGAAUGGCUUAUUUUCUGGUCUAAUGCGGCAGCUAGUUCUGUUACCUGGUUCAGAUGCUACCUCACAAAUAUGUCCCUCAUCUGAGCCCCGGCUAUCUGCACUCUCAGUUCCCCAGGCCCUCUUACACCUGCCAAUCAAACCAUCAUCCACUGAUCUUCCCCUUCAUCCAUAUGAGGCAGAGGUUCGGGUGACUGCGGGUUUGAGUCCGCCCUGUGGACACUCAGAGGAGGGACAACUGUGGUUCAACACACUGAAAAAGGGACUGUAUCUUUGUGAUGGCAUGAUGUGGCUCACUAUGCUGCAAGAAAAAGAGAAGCUGGACUAUGUGGAGGAUCAUCAGGAUUUAUUCACUUACUCUGAGACAUUUGACAUAGAAGUUUUCCACAUCUCUUCCGUUGGGCUUUUCAUUGCGACCGCCAACCGAGACUCCAACCUUGGUUCAGGAAUAUACAAAUGGACGGAAGGGAGGUUUGAACGAUAUCAGAACAUCAGCACCUACGAUGCACAGGCAUGGCAGUACUUCACAGUGGGCAAGAAGAAGUUCCUGGUUGUGGCCAACUGCAAGAGUAAAGAAGCAGGAGAGCCUGAGCAGUCUGUGAUUUAUAAAUGGAGCUCAAAGAAGCUGAAAUUUAUUCCCUACCAGACUCUGAACACACACAGCGCUCGCGACUGGGAGGCUUUUAACAUUCAAGACGAAACUUUCCUGGCUGUGGCCAAUCACAGGCAAGGGGAGAGAAACCACAAUAUUGAUAGUGUAAUCUACAAGUGGAACCAGGUUACCCAGUUUUUUGAAGUCAAUCAGACAAUCCCGACAGCUGGCGCUUAUGACUGGGAGUUUUUCGCUGUCGGCCCUUAUUACUUCCUUGUGGUGGCAAACACUUUCAAUGGAAGAUCUACAGUCAUUGAUUCUACAAUCUAUAUCUGGCUGGGAGGGAUGUUUCAACCUUAUCAGUCCAUUACAACAUUCGGGGCCAUCGACUGGGAGAUGUUCCAGAUUGAAAACAGGGUUUUUCUGGCGGUGGCCAACAGCCAGAUGCUGACAGAAGAGGGCAAGAUCCUGUACUCCAUCAACUCCACCAUCUAUGAGCUCAGCAUGACAUCACAAACCUUCGUCAGAUUUCAGGAUAUUGAAACAAACAGUGCUUUAGAUUGGGAGUAUUUUACUGUGGGAGAUGACAAAUUCCUGGUGGUCGCCAACUCGUAUGAUGGAAACUCCUACUCUCUUAAUAGUGUUAUAUACAGAUGGCAGGGUUACGAGGGCUUUGUCCCUGUCAACAGACUGAGCACCAAUGGCUGCAGAGACUGGGAAUUUUUCAACACAACCGAUGGCUACUACCUCAUUUAUUCCAGUGCCAGAGCUGCUCUCUCUAAGGUCCUUAAAUUAAGGACCAUCUAGUGGCACUGGACAUUUAAACAAAGACUAGCAGUACUCAAAGCAUGAACUGUAAAUCCGAUAUUCUUCAAUAUAGCUGUUAUCCAAAACUGAAAUAAUAUCCAUUCAUCACAUGCACUUAAUCACAUUCCUUGUAACAAGCUGAAGAAUCAGUCUCACUACUAACAUUUAAAACAGCCGGGACCUCCUGAACAACAACAGCACAAUCGCAAAGAGACCAUAGGAAAAUACAAAAAAACUCACUUCAGAAGAUUUUGUACCUGCACUUAUUUGCACACAGUUCACCAGUACGCUUUGUGUAUUAAAAUGUCAUUAUGUCCUGUGAUUAUCUGCACAUGAAGGCAGCUAACUAGUCUACAGUUUAUGAAAUGAGUGGAAAAAAUAGAUUUAUCAUCCAGCAAAACACUGUAUUAACUGUACUGUACUGUUUGUAAGCU